CCAAGACGUGGAUGCUGCGCAUGCGUAAACCUGGACGCACAAUUCAAAACAAUGACUUUUAAAGUUCAUCUAUCUUUAAAAAUAAACAAUUAAACAUCACAUAUAUCGAACAAGCAUUUAUAUUUAAACUAAGCACAUCUCAAACAUUCAACGUUAUUCUUCUGUGAGCUGAGAUACAGAGCAGAAUACACACUGGAUGUGUGAUGGACUUGUACUGCACUGUGAGUGAUGAUCAGUCUGAUGCGGCCAGACAACAGGAGAGACAUUAUUACCUGCUGUCAGAACUACAGACAAUGGUGAAGGACCUGCCCAGUUCGUUUCAGCAACGUCUGUCGUACACUACACUCAGUGAUCUGGCACAGGCGCUCAUCGACGGGACGGUGUAUGAAAUAGUCAAAGGGCUGCUGGACAUUCAACACCUGACGGAGAAAAACCUUUAUAACCAGAGACAGAAACUGCACAGCGAACACAGAGCACUCAAGCAGGAUUUGGUUCGAAAGCACAAACAGGCUCUACAGAUGUGCAAGUCUCAUAAUUUGGCCGUCCUGAAAACUAACCAGCGUGCAGAAACUGAGGCCCUGGAGCAGCGAGUGAAAGAUGAGCAGAGGAUGAUGGACGAGAAGAUCGUGGCUGAAAUGGAUCAGAAAGUUCUCGACCAGCAGAACACGCUGGAGAAAGCUGGAGUACCUGGAUUCUAUAUCACUACCAACCCACAGGAGGUGAUGAUGCAGAUGAAUCUACUAGAACUGAUACUGAAGCUGCAGCAGAAGGAGAGUGUUUCAGGAACCUUGCCCUGAAAAUCUGUGAAAGACACGUCACUAGACGAUUUCUGAUGGUGCUUAAUUGACCUUAUUCAUGAAACACGAGCGGAACAACAUUUGUGUGUAAAUUGUAGGUAAAAAACAUUCUUACAUAAAUUGAAUUCAUUGGGACAGUUUACGUAAGAGUAGAAGAAUGCAACGAUUUGUACACAGAUUUGUUUGCUCGUGUUUCAUGAAAAAGUUUUCUUGCAGGCGGAUGUUUUUUGUUUUUUUGAACCUUUAAAAGUGUCUUAUAGUUGUACAUUUAGUUGAUGAUGGGCUGGAAAGGUCUACAAAAUGAAAGGCAUGUGCCCACUUUUAUUUUGAUACUAAAUAUCGUUUUGUAAAUAACCUUCUGUUAUGAUUUGUAAAGCAGCUGGUUGCUCAUGUUCAGUUGAACACUGUGCUAUUAUUAUUAUGCAAUUAAAUAUGACAGUCUGUGUUUGUAUUAUUAGGAUGA